AUUAAAUCAAUAUGAAUAUGAAGAUGAAAUUCAGUCUCGCUCGCUUUCGGUACUAGAGGUAGGAAUUAUCUUCAUAUAGAUUUAGAAUUAGAUGUAUUAGUACUUGGGUCUUAUAAAAACGUAGAGGCUGAUGUACUAGUUCAAUCAUAUGCAUGGUACGUCUAACGUGAAUGAGAUUUGCUGCGUCGUCAGCAUCUGUUUCAGUCGAAUAACACGAACAAAGUACCCAACAUGCCCUGUGAUGUGUGAUGCGCUUAGAAGGAUCUUUUUUCUGCCAUCUUAGCAGGGCAUCCAGGAUACGAGCCCGUAACUUGCUCGUGCACGGACACAAGAAUAAACAGCAGCCGUCGUCGCACAUGGAGGUUGGUCUGUUGUCGAAAAAAGCAGCAAGAUGCGACGUCAAUUUUUCUCGAAGCAACGUCGGGCUGUUGCGACAAUAUCGGAUUAUUUUAGGUCGAUACCGGUCAAAAUGCCCCUGCUGAUGUUUUCUGUGUUUCUUGCAGGGACCUCCCCGACCGUCGUACAUGCAACAAAAGUAGCAGAAGUGGCGGGAAGAAGAUUAUUAGCAACGCCAAGAAAUAGUAGCACCACCGCGGGCGGGCUUGAACUCAAAAGUGCGCUCAAGAGAGACACAAUUCCGCAGAAGUUUACCUCCAGUACCAAUACCCCACUCAACGGAGAUGAAGAAAAGACCGCUGAGAAAGAUUCACCUUACAAGGCGAAUGAAAGUAUAACGGAGACGCGACGCGACCAGGAACACUUACAACAAGCUAAGAGCUGGCCUGACUUUCCGGACAAGAGUUGCGGUUCAGGAAAAUCUGCGUUGAGGGUGCGCUUCUCUAGGUUUCAAAGCGGCAAUGACAGAUGCCAAAAUUCGUCUUGCCUCGACAACCUUGCGAGCGAUGAAGAUGCUAGUGAUCAGCCUGUUCCUUACGAAAAGAGUUUUCAGCUAUCUAUCACCGUGAGAACAAUGAGUCAUCUAGAACUAAAUACCACCACGCGAGUGAUCAUGUUUUCCAUUUCCGUUUUCUUUACAAAUAAUUAGCUAAAUGCAACAUGAAUUAGAAUUUGUAGAUUUUUGAACUUGAAGAUUGACACGUACUAGACAUUCAUCAUGAGUGCAACAUUCACGCGUAGAACAAAAACUUAUUCCCGAAUGCGUACGACUUCAAAUCAUGAUGAGCUUGCUCCUGUGAUCUUUUCAUUCCUUUGCGGAAGUCCAUGCGUAUGUUUUACCUGCUUUGUCCAGCUCCUCAUCCUCGUACUCCUCGGAAGGAGAGGGAAAUGAGGACGCUGACAGCGCACACGAUGAAGACGAGGGUGACUGCUCCUCCCCAGAGAAUCGCGAAGAGUCUGACGAAGAUAAAGGAGAAUAUAGACAGACUCACCUGGGAGCGGAGAAUGAAACUCGAGUGCCGUAUACUGCCAAUGCUGGAACCGGAUACACGCAGGAGGUACCUUAUUCAACAAAGGAUCGGACCUACGGAAUCGAAAGCGAGGGCUCUACGUUCCCAGGAGUACUAGAAGAUGAUGGAAAUAAUUUAGUCGAGCACGAUAAUUUCGCAAGUAAGCUGCAACUUCCUCUUUACCCGGCCACAAGUUUCAAAAAGAUGCAAGAACAGAGGAGGGAGAACGCCAUCGAAGUUGAUAAAAGCAUGGCUGAGGAGCCAGAACCUGAUACAGACAUCGAUCCUAGUUCUGUUCGCGACGCGGACGCGUUCGAAUCGUUUUCGUCACAUGAUAUGUUGGAACCAGUAUCAGAACAAGACCGAAAAGAAAGUAAUGGCGUCUCGAUCUCUGCUUCAAUUGAGUUGCAAACGGGAAAACUACAGACGGAGGAAGCCGGAAAGCGAAAACGGAAGUCUUCUAGAAAGAAAGGCAGAACGAUGGAUAUCACUAGUCACAAAGAGCAAGUUGCGCAGACGCUGGAGGCGGCGAAAGGUAAGAGAUUCGCGACUGCUGCUUUGGAAGGAACUCAGCCAAUAGUUAUUGCUUCUCGACAAGAAAAGGACCCGAGGGGUUCCGCGGACACGGCACACUCAGAGAAAAAGGGUAAUAACUCGUCGCUCGAGAAUGCGCGAAACGAAAAACGCGAUAAAUUUGUUGAGAUGACUCUUACUCAAGAACAAGAUCAGGGUUUUAAUAGUAAAUCAAAGGGUGGACAAGGACAUCGAAACCCAAUUUUCCGGAAAGGGGGAGCUGCCGCUGGAUCAAAACGACCCGAAUUGAGCAAAAAGUCGCCACGUUCUCCGAACAACAGGACGCACACGCACAGCGGCGCUGAAGAUGAUGAAGGUGAUGCAGCGUUUUCAGAGGUUCUACGCGCACAUGUGAUUAGCGCCGAGGACGAAACGCUUUUUCGUUGUCUGUUCCGAACAAGUCGAGAGCUCACUAGUAGCACGUGCUCAGCGGUGCACUCUUUGGCAGAGAAUUGGUUAACACUUUGUGCAGCGCCGGCCAAGUUUCUACAAGAGAACAUAGCUGAUGAGGGCGAUAACUUGGCAGAUGCAGGUGCUCAAUUAGCGUGGAGCUUCCGCUUCGGCCGAGCUGGGGAACUGUGGAGAAAAACAGUGGCCAGGAGAAGUCAUCCUGAUCCUAAAACAAGUCGCUUCGACGUUACAUGCAAAAUAGACGACGCAGAAAGAGCCGCGGGGAGUGCAUUAGAAAUGACAAAAGCAGAGGAGUCAAUAGAUGACGACAUUUGUUCCGUAUCUAGCAACACUACCGGCCGCCGUACACCGAAUGGAUCGAUGCCUGCAGAUUCCGUGGAGCCUUCAGCGCGAGGCUCCCCUGCAGCAACAAAAAGCGACGACUCGACCCCCAGGGUCAACAAAAACUCAAGUCCCGUUAAAUCCACCAUGGCGCGUAAGCGGGAAAGGCGAUUGCAACAGCGCGGCAGUCAGAUGUCAAACAAAGAUGUCACAGAUUAUGAGGCGAUUGAGUAAAUGACAUCAUCGGCAAUACCCCGUAUUUCUAUCUCCUAUACAUAGUACUCCUGUAGGCGUAUAAUUUGCGUGCUAAUGUUCGAGAAAGUCAUCGAAUUAAUGAACAAUUUGGAGAUGGUGGCGUUUGGUUUUCGACCUACUAGACCCUCUUCAUUGCAAAGCACAGGAAGCAGAUGCAGCGUUGAUACGUCGUUACGGCGAUCGUUGUGGUUUCAUGGCGGGUAUUCUCUGGCUCCUUCUGGCUGCGGCCGCUUCGUUCGGAGUUGGCAACCUUGGCCCUCCGGGAACUGGGGGUGGCCUUGCGGAUGUGACGCAAGCUAAUGUCCAAAAGUGGGCGCGUUUGCUAUUGUUAAGGCUUUCGAUAGCGAUACUGACUCAUCGUCGACACAGAUUACUUAGAGGCUUCUCUAGUACUUUCGCUGACAACAAGAAAUACGGACUCAUCCUAACGACUUUGAGAUCUCUAAUCCUAGGUAUGGGAGAUACCGAUGACAGUCAUGGCGUGGGCAGCCCUUUGCCAUUGUCGUCUGCAACGGCGUAUCACUUUCGAUAUUUGCCUGAUUUUCUUCCCGCUUAUCCCGCGGAAGAAUACACAGCUGCUCUGAAACUAUUGUCAUCUACCUCUUCGGCUAGAAAUAACAUGAUCACGUUUUUCCCGCCGAAAAACCUGCAUGCUGAGCAGGAUAAAGUGGAAGAGAAACAGCAAGGCGAUGAUGAGAACAACCCUGUUGUCGUUGAUGUCAACGAAAUAAGACAGAAAUCAUUCAGAAUCGUUGAAGCUGACGUGAACGCAGCUCACGAUGGGCUGUCUGGCGUCCAGCAGGAGGAUCUCGCUCGCCGAUUUCGGGCGCUUAGCACAUCAGAUAACGGAGAGGCUGACACAAGUGCCACUGCUGCAUCCGGUAAUGACGAAAUAGAAAUAAGGAAUCUGACCGUUACAUCUAUGAUAAGCAAAAGCCUUGACAUUGACACGCAGCAACAACCGCCUGCGUGGAUGACUCAUCCUGACGUUCCAAGCCAAGGACGAGGUGGGAGUGCGAAUUCAGAUGAAGCAAAGACAUCGGGUCUGUCGCUGUCGCAGCCUGCUCAUCUUCAAGCAGAUGCUAAGGAAAAAGUUCCGUCGACUAGCACACAACAGAAUGAACUGCUUACUGUGGAGGAUGAGGAACAUCAACAUCUACUUCAUGGAAAUAAAGAAGAUUCAACUACAGUAGACUCAGACUCAGCAUCUUGCCAGUUUCCAGCUCCGCCUGCUGUUGGGAUGAUUGAAAAGUCGAUCCUUCUGUCAAAUGAGAGGUGGCAAACACGUGACGACAUUCCUGCAGAUAUUCUUCCUUUCGUCCGCAGAGCAAAAGACUGGGGCUUGCAUUCUCCCUUUUGGUCUGUCAGCCCGCCCCAGUGCGAAAUAGAGGACCCUAAAACCGUGGAUAUUGGUACUAAUCAGAUGACGAUGAAAGACAAACUGAGGUAUAGUACAGUUUUAGUUUUUCGUUCUUGUUGCUCGUUCUUGCACUUGUUAUAGUUAUAGUUAUUCUAAGAUUAAUUUUGAUAAAUACCGUUGCUACAACGACGUCUCGAAGUGGUCGUAUCAUCUCGAUCAUCAUGUCUUGUCCUCUUUAUCGUCGUGUCGACCGGAUCUAUUGUGCUGUUUGUUCGAUUACUACUUUCUCUUUCUAGUUCUGGUACUGGUAUCAAAAUCACGGCAGGCUAAAUAGAAAUGGUGACUUCACAUUCUAAUUCUGUUGCAAAAGUUACUAAAUACAAGUCAAAAUCAACAUCAACAACCCAACUAAUCUAUUUCCACAGAGGACAGCGACAUGAUCCUGGUGGCAGCUUCCGGCAAACGGCGUUCUCCCUGGGUUGGACUCUUUUCGACUGCGAACCUGUUCGACAAGUCGUUGAUGUUGACGCAAAAUGGAUAUGAGCAUGUGGUAGCUGUUCAUCCGACUGCUGACCGGAUGCUGCCUUUGUUUGUUCUUGACACGGAUGUGCCGACGUGCGCUCCAAAAAAACCAGAAAGUGGCCUUCUAGAUAGUGUGGAAACGUGCAGUAAAGCUCUACGCGUGGAAACAAGCGAUGAUCUAGAAGCAAAGUGGCGGAUCAGGUAUCCACACUUUUACGAAGGUACUACGCAGACGGUACAGCCACAACACUUUGCGGAGGAUUGGGUGGACUUUGCCCAUCGACGAAUCAUGUCGCUAGCACGUCAAAUGAAAGUGGCUGAGGCUGAACCAAAGGCUGAAGGGGAAAGAAAACUGGAGGAAGCAUCGGCUGGUAGAGGUGAGCCGGAAGUUGGACCAUCUGCGUUAGAAGUUGCACCCGUUUCUCCUGAACAAGCCGGAGGAGAUGUAGGCGUGCGCAUUAAGGACUCCUCUUCGUGUGCUCGAAGGUCGAGUAAGACGCAUCAAGAACUGACAACAUCCUGCUCCUUUGAAGAGAUUCUCGCACGCCGCACCAAACAACCACUGCUGGGUCUUUCGGAAGUGCAAGUGUUGCGGAUACUCGUUCAAGUAAAUCUAGAGGCAGUGACGUGGGGUUUUCUUGGGACAUUGGAUGGUGACAUUCAAAUACUCGAUGCUCGCGACGAACAGACAUUGCUUCGCGAGUCGUAUCUGAUUCCAGACAGACGCCCUGCGCGAGCGGAGCUACUGUCGUACCUUCGAAUCACAGACGAUAGCACCUCCGGCUUCACCACGCAGUCCCUAUGCAUAACCGAACACUUGUCAAUACUAAUACAGAUACAUACAUUUACAUACUUAUAUUAUAAUAGAACAUUGUAUGAGCAUGUCGUUGUAUUAGCAGCUGGAUUAAAUGAAUUAUAUCAUUUUUUAAUACGCUGUGCCUGCUCCCCUGCGAGGAACAGGUCCGCAAGAUUUAGUAACCUGCCGAGCAGCUCACGAAACGAGUUACAUAUUUGUGCAGGUUCUCUUCCAGCGCUCAAUAAGUUCAUUUUUCAUUCAAUUUAACAUUUAAAUAAUGAACAUCGUAAACAACACAAGAAGACGCAUGAUUCUAUGUAUUUGUAUUUCGAGCUUCCUUCGGCGAACCGCUAAUGUGGGAAGAUGCGAACGUCGCCAUUGGAUCAACGACUCCUACUGAGGUAGUAGAGGCGCUCUGUCAGAGGCAGUUUGAGCGUUGGGAAAAAUUGGAACCGGGCAUUGCUGGCACUAAAGAAGAUUUUACAAAGCAGCUGUCAGAUGCCCAUUCCCGUUGUUUACACGACGCACGCCGUGUUCUUCAGGUCGGCCUCAACCCGCAUAAUUAUGCUGGUGUGCUACUUCUACUUGAAAAAGAGAAAACACUUACUUUACUAGGUCUUGUAGGACUAGGCGGACGACAGCGGUAGCAUAGGGGUUAGAACUGGGUAGCAGCUAUUCCAUUUCUUACAGCAUCUUCCUGCGGUCGUUUUCUAUUCGAAAACAACCAAGAAAAAUCGCUUGCGCCAAGGAGGAAGCGGAUUCUUCUUCUCCUUCUUGGUAUGUCGCUUUAAGUAAAACUAAAAGUGGAUACGAGCUCGCCAGAGUAUAGCGUUCCUCAGCGCGAAGAUUUCGAGAAGCAUAUACGCACCGUUGUGCAAACCAACGUUAAUAUGGGACCGUGGUCUUGGCGAAACUGGUUCGAGGACCGCAGGGACGCAGUGCUCAAUGCUCUCUUCGGUCCUUCAGUUAAAGAACGCGCAGAGGUAUUGUCGAGGAUUGUCGGCGAUCCUCAUCCUGCGAAAGAGGGUGGAAGUAGUGCCGGAGGGAUCAUGUCAGGAAUAUUCGGCACCACCCGCACUAGCAGCUCGGUUCUCGAAGGUCCCGGAUCAAAAAACUACCUUACAGGGAUAGAUGAAGUAGUUCCAGACAGCAAGCAUCUGCAUAGUCCACAUCUUAAAAAUGGCCGCAACUUUCGUCACGACCGCGAGCAUUCUAGUAUAUUGCGUUUAUCGUCCAAGGAGUUACGUAUGCGCUAUGGAACCGACGAUAGGGCUCUGCUCUCCUGGUGGAUGUUUUUCCCGGUCGGUCCAGAAGCUCCGAAGACUUCCGCUAGUCCGUUGCUACAGGGCUAUCUCGAUAAGAAUGGACUACAAGUUGUUGAACAAGCUCCAACGCGACCAGAAAGUGAAGCAACGCAAUCAGAUGAAAGUGGGACUCGUCCAGCAGAAGAGGUAAUAGCUGACCAUGAUCAAGGAGCAAACGUAGACAGAUCUUUGACAGUAAUCCAGGCUAUCAACUGGCCAACUGCCUACUACCAGACCGAAGCAGUCAGCUGGAUAGACGUUUUAAGACGGGGCUAGCGUUAUUUCUUUAAUUGAAAUUGGGUAGAGCCUGCUCGUGCCUAAUCCUCAUGAUAGUAGAAAAAGAAAAUCCAAGGGCAUAAAAGAUAUAGGGAAAGUACAUAAGCAGAGCGUCCCUGAGUAAUCUAGAAACACUAGUAGAACAGGGGAAUGGACUGCAUGCUAGGAGUCGAAGUUACAAAAUGCUCUAAGCGUGAGGGACUGCCUGGAAAACGCGAAGUAUCCACUUCUUUCUACAGCAAUAGAAGUAGUCGAUCCAGAAGAAUGCACUCAAGUCUAUACAGGAGGUCUUAUAGAGGAUGAGGUCAUUGAAGGCGGCGUGAAGAGUUCAGGUGAAGGUGUCGGAGUCGCGGGAAAAAAGCCUGUCGCUGACGACAUCGAUAAGGUUAACACGCCAGGAACAAAGGGGAAGGCAGGGAGUAGCAAGCAAGGCAACACGGCAAAGAAGCCGUCCGUGGAGGAAGAUGAUGUUGAACAGAGAAAAUUGCAGGUGCGGACCAUUUUUAAGGUUCCUGUCCGAGACACACCAAGUGUGAGAGGAGCAGAUGUUGAUGUCGAAAGUGCAAAAAAUACAGUGAAGACGCCAAAUGCAAAUGGAAAGCACGCAGCAGGGGCAGAAGAACAAGAAGAAGAUUCCUGGAUGAAGGACGAUGUGCAUCAUGCGGGAAGCAUGCGCAUGGAGCAUAGUACAAGAAAAGUGGUGGCCGCCGCUGAGGAUGUCCUUGCAGAUGCGCUGAGCAGCCUGAGCCUUUCGAGAUGGACUGACUCGCGUAACUGGCACGACGCGUCGUCUCCGGGUGGUCUGCCUAGACGAAAGUCGUCAUCAUCUACUGUUUUUGAAGCUGAUAAAGAUGAUAAAGUAGAAGAUCAAAAGACGAAGACAGGGACACCUUCAUCAGCAAAUACUAAACUAAAUGGAUUGGGAGGCCUCCGUAAAAGUCGCUGGGACGGCGCAGUAAACUAUGACGAGUUCAGUUCUCGCGUCUUUCAAGAGGCGGUAGCUGCAAAAGACGCAGCUCACCUGAUCGCUGGAGGUAUGGCGGCAAAAGCGACGCCUUCUUCUACCUUAAGGGUCCUCACGAUCAACUUGAUUCAACAUCGUUCCUGGUUUGUUUAUUCAGGAGGCUUGCAUUUGCUCCUUGUCUUUGAUUAAUUGAAAUCAGUAGUCUCCCUUCCUCCAUCUCCAUGCCUAUGAUGAUGUGUGUGGAGCCAACUUUGCAUUCUGUUUGUUAAACAAAUUGAAGUUUGAAAAGGAGAAUAUCAACAACCUUCGAAUCGCAGUCGUGGUUGGCAUAUCUACAACAGCUAGGUCUAGAGUGCUAGCCUGGUUCUAAAUUCCAGUAGGCCGAAACUUUCACGAGAACAGAACGACCUCCUUCGAGACAUUAAUGUAGCGCACAGUGAGCAAGCGGCGGCUGCGGCCCUCAAAAAGCAAAGAGAAGCGCCGCAUCAAGCAAACGUCAACCGGUUUUCGAAAAUGGCGACUUUUGCGAAGAACAACGAUUUGGAUACAAGCUCAUUCUUAUGGCCUCAUGAAAUAGACAUGAACACUGUGGAACAAGACAUCAUCAGAAUAGAGGCAAUCCAUUAUACUCACGAUAUUAAGAAAUGGAGCCUUGUCCUAGACCGACGAUUCCCGUCUGAGGCAGUUGCGAAGAGGCGUGCAAGCGCUUUCUGUCAGUAGUUCUUCUAAUCCUUCUCGAAUCCGAAAGGGAGAUUAUGUCAACGAGCGAAAACCCCGCGAUUCCAGGCGUGCGGGGCAGUCCACAGCGCCACACAGGACCCCGGAACCCUCUGAAUCAAAUUGCAUGCUUGCACGGUGAGCCGCGGCUUCGAGAGUUUCUCUUCGGGAAAUCAGUAGACCAAUAAUACGGCAUCUUCAUCGAUUCUUCAGUCAAUAUCUAUCUUUUCUCUCCGUGGUCAUUCUUAUUUUGCUUUUCAUGAACAAUACUGCUAGGACUGCAAAAGCAAAUAAAGCACCUAGGUCGGCAUCUAUUAACUUCGACAGUUCUAAUGCCACGUUGUUGCGAGGCUGAAGAAUAGGGACUUUAGUGGGAACGAUCUUCGAGGGUCGUUUCCAGCAGCGGACGUGAAGCGGGCUGUAGACUCGGCUAGUGACGACUUUUUUCACCCGAUACCACCCAGAUCGAAUGGCCGGCCAUCUACAUCGUCGUCUGCGAAGAAAAUUCCCAGUAAAAAAGGAGCGUGUAACAUAGACAUCAGGCAGCAUCCGCUGCUGUCGUUGACGUCUUCUGAACAGCGGGUGGAAGUUGAAGGAAAACUUGUUUCGAACUACUAUCACGAGAAAAUCAGGCAGCUGGAAGCCGUCUCGAGGAAUCACUUCGACUACGUCGAGCUCAUUCGCGGAUCGCUUGCUUCUUCUAUGAUGAUAGCAACAUAUUUAUCUUUCACUUUGUGUAAUUAUAAUCUUAGCAAGGUUGUCAAACUUGAGGCCUGUACGUAGUAGUCACAGUAUCAGUAUCAUGCUCUUCUUCUAAUUUGUCGACCGAGUCCUCCCCUUCUUCCUCAUCUGAAAUGAAGGGCGUGGAGCGUGUGGUAACACGCGGCGCGCGCUCAAAUGAAGAUAAGAAGAGCACAGCUUCCUCUGCUGGUCUUUCAGAGGCAAGGAGGACCAUUAUGAAAAUCUUAGAUGGGGACCUGGCUGGGUUUUUCGGCGAGGACAUCAACCUACACAACGCAGAGCAGAAUAUCCUUGGAACUUCAGUCAGCCGGGCAAAGAAGUCCACCUCUACCUCAUCUGAUGAAAAACAUGCUAGUACUGGCAAAGACGAUGCUCGAUUUAACAUGCAAAUAUUGGCAGAGACGCUCCAGGGAUCCAGGCAGCACGGUGGAGCAACUGUGUCUGUGAUGGAGCUGGCCGACAAAGAGAUCUUGUUUCAGAAGAAUUUCGCUCGUUCACACCUGACCUCAACCGUGAUUGAUCCAUCCAGGGCAAUGGUGGAUUCUCUGUUGAGUAUUUUCCCGCCCAUGUCGGUGGAAGCCCACAGUGUGCUUUCCGCGGCCCUCAACGCGCCUGAGAUUAGACAACGACUGAGAUCGGGUCUACUGAGCCUCGCGAAUUACUGGAUGGAGCCUGAGGUCGCUCGCGUAGUCCUUGCAGCAGCACUCGAGGGAUGUUGUAGCGGUUUGCGUAUGAAACAAGCUGCUGAUGGUGACCAAGACCAGGCACCUCCUACUUCUCAAAGACAGGAAGACGAAGACGGCGAGGGACGACAGAGCAGGCGUCCUGCAUCUUCAUCCAACACAGGUGAGACGUCCACGUCCUCCGAUGCAACGGGUAAAGGUAAGGGAAAAGGCAUGACCUUAAUGCAACAAGUGGAAUCACGUUUGAUUGAACUGUUCGGAAGCGAAAAGGGAGACGGUCGCUUCGAACUCGAAGAGCAAGAAGUAGUAGUAGAGGACCAAAGGAAGAAUGAUCAAGCAGGAGGAACAUCAAUUGGCUCUUUUAGACGUUUUAUUCCGGAGAGUCGAGCUCCGUUCGCAGGGAUUCGGGUUCUCGAUGCUCAUAUGCCACCUGUGCAACCAUCUCCAUCAGCGGACAUGACCAUGAACAUUCAUUACCGAGCUGGAGGCGUGCUGGUUCCCGAUUACAUAGCAGGCACAUCGACACUUUGGCCAUCAAAGAGGGACUUUUAUUCUCAUCCAGCGGCUGCUGGUGCUGCAAGUAGCGGAAGUGGAUCCACUACAUCGGGAGCAGCCAGCGGUGGACACGGUGGGGAGUUUCCUGUAAACGCCAAUGGUGUUGCGGACAGGAGCAAAGCAGCCAACACUUUCCAGGACGACGCUGAGAAAAAGAAGGAAUCUAAGGAGAAGAAAAGUGUCGCGGAGACGAAGAGGCUGGAAGAAGCGCAAGCAGGGCAUAUGGAGGAUGUCCCACCUCUUCUGGAGGUCGCCUACCAUCGUCUGCAUGAGACGAAGGCUGGUGAGGCGCUUGCCGUCGAGAUUCUGAACCACGAUGAUCUUGUGGAGUCCGCCAUUUUAGAUCUCUUCUCUCUUCUCCGUCCCCCAGACGCGCAAAAUGAGGGUGGUAUUGAUCAUUAAUCAGAUUAUGACAUAAGUACUUAAUCAUAAUCACGAUUCGAAUGGCGUUUUGUAAAUGGUGAUGAAGGUAAAAAAGGCGUGGUGCUUUGUUCGAUAUCCAAGCUACUCCUCCUGCUAUCUCCCAUGUCACAUUUCCUCCUGCUCCUUGUUGCAGAUAUUGUACGAGUUAUCAAUCUGGAUACGCUUCUUGAGUUGCGAAAAAGGAUCAAGAGGGACAAGAUGAAGGAAAAGAACACAAGCGGCGCAGCUGCGGGGAAAACCCAGGAGCAGGUUGCAGAAGCUGAUGGGCACAGCGCCAGCGAGGUACGCCUCGAAGCAAUCGCGGGCCUCGCCAAAGCCCUGGCAGCGUAUUUUGAGGGUUGCAAUGCUUCGUGGAGCAAAAGGAUUAACAAGGUACUCUCUCAAACGUCCGGUCGUAAUUGCCGCGGAGAGGUAGAACAGAAUCAUGAAGCGCAAGCCCAUCAACUGCGUCGUGAUCACCAACAAGGUAGCUUUACAAAGGCAGAAGUAGAGGAUGGUGAAAUAUUGUUGAACGUGAGCAGCUCAACCCCGCUCUCGGGUUCCGCUAACCUAUUGCAACAGAUAGAAAGCAUCCGGCGGCGAGUGAAGUUGCUUGAAGCUCUGCUGGGUGCAGAGGCCGCUGCAAGUGCAUUUCAUGAAGGCUUUGCCGCUGUUCGCGACUCACGUGACGCUCUAGCUGCUGCAGCGGAUCUUUUGAUCCUGGAAGACGUAAAAGAAGAACAAAAGCGCAAGAAUGCUGUGCAGUCAUUUUUGUCCUCUGGUUUGUCAGCCCUUUCUGCAUUCGGACAACACGUAAGGGGAGCAGGCGCUCCAGUUCUAGAAGCAAUCAAGAGGAACGAAAAUUCCGGAAAAAAUGGAGGGGGAAAGGUGCGGACUGUCUUGUCUCCGGCGGUCGAGGCCGCCAUAUUUUUGGGCGUGGUCGUGCCGCACAUGCGCGCAUCAAUGAACGUCGUGGAUAACAGGAGCAAACACAACGAUGCGCACGCGGAAAAAGACAAAGGUAAUUCACAGAGUCGUAAUUAUAGAGAACAAGAGCAAGACGGGACAGCGGCAGGUGCACAACGACAUAGGCGGAGGCUCGUUGUCAAUCCUAAGAUGCUAGAUGGAACCGCCUUGGCAGACACCUUAGUUUACGUCUUUGAACGGACAGUGCAAAUGCCAAAAAGCGGAAUGUGGACACGAUUCUUCUCUCAGAUCGUACAGAGAGAACUAGCAUCGGCAUCUGGCUCAGGAGCCCAACUACCUGAACAAGAUGAAAGCGAAAAGAAGACACGAGGAGCACAUGACAAGGCAGGUCAAGAACUGAAGGGUGCAGGUUCUUUAGCCUCUAUGGAUCCUGAAGAAUUUCUCCAAAUGACCUCGAAAGCAUCUGCUUCAGCAAGUGGAGCGUUGCGUCGGCUGCGACAAAGUAGACUAAAGAGAGUCAACAUGCUAGGCGAAAUCAGGAAUAGCAUAGCGAAGGAAGUAGAGGACCUCGCAAAGGCCGAAGGUCGUGAGGGAGACGGACUAUCAUCUUCGAGUUCAAAUCCAAGAACUUCCGUUAGAGCGUCCUCUUUGCGAAUCCUGGAUGAAGUACGAGCGACAGAAACGCAACGCAUGCAUUUCAUCGACAGUGUCGAUGCUUUCUUAACCAUGGCUCGCACUGUCGCGCAAUCACGACGACAAAUGGGCACCACUUAUGGAGAAAAAAUUACCGAAAUCCACCAAAUCGAUGAAUCGUAGACAAAUCAUCUCGGAAAAAUCAUCCAUGAAAGUGUUCAAUUUCGUCCUUCUAUGUCUUCCUCUUGUUUAACCACAUUUUGCAGUAUAUACAUUAUAAUAUAGUCAUCAAGAUCUACAUCUGGGUUACAACCUUAAAAUAUAUUUAUAUAUAAUAUAAAUAUAUAUGAUAUUAUAGUAAGGAGAAGAAAAAUCUGUUCUAAGCUAUGGUGGAGCUUUUCGCGCUUUUUGACUCCGUUGCGUAUGAGGAAAAGAUACUGUUGGAAGAGCAACAUCGCGUGGUAUUAUCAAAAAUUGCUUCUUCGGGUCCGGAGACAAGUAACGUCAAGAUUCAGGACACGGCAGAAGUAGGUGCCCACGAUGAAGCUGGAACAAACACGAAGGGUCUCGUGCAAAAAAAAAAGUCAGGAGUAAAAGUCGUCACGAGAUCUCUGGCCUACGAGUCAGUUUUCUUGGACGGAAAAAAAGGCGAUGAGAAUCUUCAAAAAGAUCAGAAUGACCAGAAGGCUCAGGGCCAAGAGACUCUUGGAAGUAGCAAGCGUGAGGAAGUAUUCGCAAUGCGGUGGCAAGGUACACUACGUCACUCGAAGUCCCUUCUGGAGUAUGACGCCCGAGCACCGAAAAUCCAGUUACUCGACACCCAGACGAAGAGCAUAUUGCUGAAUACCAUAGGCGACGGACAUCAAAGAAAAGGCAAAGAACAAGAAGCACGACAAGGCUCUACGUCUAGUAAAGAUGAUGUGGCGAUGUCGUAUACCAGCGCAGACGAGCAGGGAGAUGCUAGUCAGGGCGCAAAGCCUUCAGGCUCAGCUUCAGAGACCUCCAGCUCCAAAACGAGUUGCAGGAGCACCGGAAGCGGAAUACCCGCCUCUAUUGUUCAGCACAAAUUUGCCUUUGCAACACCCACAGCGAGACGCGCCCUGGACCGCUACUUUGAGGAGGGAGACUACGCAUUUCUGGGUGCUAUUUUUGAAACCUGCAAUCUGCGUUUGGACCCGGCCAUGGGCAUGCCACGGCUGUGGUCAUUGGUACCUGACGGUCUAGCGUUUCCAGACUUAGACCCGGAGAUGCAGAUGCAGAUCUUUGAUUAUGCCUGGGAUUUCCAGGAGUCGCUUCAAUUAGUGGGCUUGGACUACAGGGAGUCGAGAUUAAGGUCGAUGAAGGAAGAAGGCAAACAAGCUGGGCAUGACGCGAUGAAGUUAGAUGAUGCGGAGAAGAAACAAGAAGACCGCGAGAAAGUAGUGAUGAUUUCUUCCGUGAGUGAUGUGAACGCGUUGAUCCAAAUAGCAGCUCGGCUGACAGAGUAUGCCACUGUUCUGUUCGAGGCGCGCGGCGACGCUGCCCUUGGUUAUGGCCGCGAGUUCAUGGCUUUGCAUCUCCGGGACUGGGAUGAAGAUCGAUCUACGUUUGUCCAGAGCAUUUUUCCUCAAAUGGCCGCGGACGUCCGUCGCAUAUUCAGGCUCCUUGGAUCCCCGAUGUGCCUUCGCACGACCUCCUAUCACGAGAAAAAAGGCCAUGACCAAGAAGAUGAAGAAGGUGGCCGUAGCGGUGCUCUUCUUCAUGUUACUGCACGACAACAAAGACAAAGACAGAAUAAGGAACCACCGAAAACAUCUGCUCGAGGAUAUUCUUCUCGAGACGGAAGCCGAAGCGUGGUCCGCACAGAGAAUAAAGGCCAGCAUGGCAGGAGCGAAAAAGUUAAAACUUUGCGUAUCCGUCGCGCGACAAGGCUUCAGCACGCGUGCCUUCCACAGCAUAUUUUGAAUGGACUUACAGCACAGUGGUUUUCUAAGCCCAUAGCAGUACGCCCCAAAGAUGUGUGGCUCGUAUGGAAGCGCUCUGUCGCCAUUGCGCACCAUUUUGAGACACAAGUGAUGCCAAACUUGAUUCUGGAUCACGUGACACUGUCUCCGUGGGCAAUGCGACAGGUUGAAAGAGCAUACACAAUGGACGUCGCGAUUCUCCAACUGGGUGCAGACUAUCUCGCCCCUCAAGAUGGACAUUCGCUGGACAGCGAGGCUUGGACAAGAAGGAUGGCGGGAACCAGUCUUUUAGGCAAACAAUUUUUACAACGCAUUAUUUAGUUUUGAUUCAGAAGUCAGUACGGCACAUGUUUGUGUUUGUAGUCCCGUGGAGAAGGAGAAUCCAAGUUCUCGUUUCAAUAUUAGCGCUUUAUUCUCUAAUAACACGAGAUCGGGAGUCGUCUCGAAUGAUCAUCUUGCUCUAAAGAGAACAACAACAAAUAUUUAUAUACAAACUGGAGACUUAACCUCCGGGGAUCCUAAAUCUACUGGUGAGUUAUACUUUUUAGUGCUGUGGCAGCACGGUAGGCUGGCUCGGCAGACCCAGGUCUUUGCCGGCGCCGGUCGUUGCACCUACGGCCCAUAAGUUUGCCACGGAGCGUGGCGGGAGGCCUUUACCUCCCCAGAGAGAGUUGCACACCAACGUCCGGGUGUCGUAACCCCUCUCGCGGCUCGGCCGGUGUUCGUGCACCGUCGCCCUACGAGUCAAUCAACCGGCACCCGCGAGGUUUCGGGUGCUCGCUCUUCGCGUCGGACGCUUUGGUCCGGGGCGCUUUGGCCCGGGUGCGCGGCUAAUCCCUCGGCAGUAGCAGGCGUUGUCCCCCCGCUGGGGGACAAGGUCACUUUGAACCUCCAGCCCGCGCUGUCGGCCUACUACCGGGGCUUGAGCUCCCGCUCAACCUCUGGUCUCGGUUUGACACGUGCCAGCGGUGAAUGGACCGCUCCGAGCCCUUAUCCUUUCCUCACCGGCACCUUCCUCCGGAGACCCCGACCAGGCUCCGGCUUCCUGGUGCGGACUUGAGUCGGCGGUCUGAGACUCGCGUCCGCCGUCGAGGGGUUACGGGGACGUGUGCCGGCCUUUGCACAGGUUUGCGUCAGGACCUCCCGCCGGCCAGCGCCCGCGUCGGUGGUGUGCCGGGGCGGCUGCCGCCCUCCACCGCGCUUGUCGCUCCCGUGGGAGGGACGAACUCCCGGAGCGACAGCGACAGCAGGGGCCGGCAGGCGUUCACAUAGUUCAGCCAGCCAUAGUCGGGCACCAGUGGACUGCUGAACCGUCUGCAGCCGUGGGAUGGUGUUGAUGAACAGUUUGUGCUUGCCGUGUCUGGUCAUGUAGUCCGCCAGGUUCCAUUCGGAUUUUAUGUAGACGUACCACGGUUUGACAUUGUUGUCGUACCAGUGAUUGACUACGUCUACUGCGGUGUUUGCCACCACCGCGGAUUUGCCACUACAUUUGAUGAAGUUGUAGAGUACUGGCGUGUUGUCGAUCAGCACUACGAGGUCGGAGUUGCUGGUCCAACUCGGUAGUUGCUUUGCGGCGAGGCCCACCGCGGCCGCCUCCAGUACCUCUAUCCUGGCGGUGGCCCAUCGGCCAUCCGUUAAUGGCUGCAUUUGGAUGAGGGUCUUCCCGCUGUGGUGGAUCAUGACGUAUCCUAGCGUUGGCUCGCCGUUCGGCCCGCCAUCUGUUGACGCGUCCGUGAACAGGAAGCUCAGAGGCUUCACGAUUUGUUCUAGCCUGAGUCUGAGCCUGUUCACCUUGUGGACCAUCUUCUCGAUGGCCGCAGUGGAGCGCAGGAGGGCUCUCCGUUGCCACCGCUGCUUCACCAACUUGUCGAAGGUGGCGUCUUCUGUCCAUGCGUAAAGAGAUCUCAUGAUCUCGUUUCCGGCUCUGUUUGCCGCGGACACGGUGAUGAAGUUUGCCAGUCCGAGCAGUCGCUGGACCACCUUUUUGUCCAACUGUCCUGUGUUCACUUUCUGCCGGAGCUCGUUUGCGACUUCCGCGACCUGCUGGAGCAUGUUGUCUGGCACCACAACAUCAAUUCCCGUUUUUGGGCUUGUGUCGUAGUGGAGGCCCAGUAUGCGCACAAUAGGGCUCUUUCUCGAGUCCUGCUGUGCUGUCGCUUUUGUCGCGAGCUCCAGCCCCAGGCAGUCGCAGAGAGCUUCGUAUGCCUCUAUUGCCUCAUCCGCUCCCUCUUCGAGGCUGAGGAUGAUGGCGUCGUCGAUGUAGAUUGGCACUACUGUGUGCCCGAGCGUGGCCAUUAUUUUCAUGACCAGCUCCGCCACUCUACACCAGCUGCUGACGCUGAACUUGUUCCCCAUGUUCAGUAUCGCCGCGAGGAACAUGCGGUAGCGCCCCUGGGUGUCGUCCCAGACUCCAACCGGGUUUUCCUCCGGGUGUUUUACCCCUACCUGGUAGUAGGCCUUGCUCCAGUCUCGGAGUGCGAUGCAAGGCUUUCUACCUGCCGGGCGGGUCUUCAUCCUCUCCUCGUUGAGGAGCCUCACCUGCUCGCCGAGUUGGCGGUGCUCGUCGGUGGUUGUGGCUUCGCUUGCGCUUGUUUUUGCGCGGAAGUCUGCGACCUCUUUAGCCACCUGGCCGCAGAUAUCCGUGGUGAACUGUGUCACCGGUGCGUGGAGGGUGAGGCCCUCUGCGCCUGCAGGCGCCAUGUAGCUUUUUACAAUCUCCAGGACCGUUCGCGUCCCGUGGAGCCUCACCUUUUCCGACAUUUUUGAGAAGUCGUUUUUCCACCGCUCGUCGAUUAUCACGCGAACCUUCUCUGGUUCGACCUUUGGGAAGGCGUACGCCGGCAUGACCUUGAGGUCCUCUGGAUUGAUCUCUUUGUAUCUGCCCAGCUGGACGUCUGCCUCAAUGUUUUUGAGGACUUGCCGAAGGGCUUCCUCUGGGAAACCCUUCGGAGGCGCAUCCCGGAUUUUUACCGCGGUGCUAUAGAAUUCUUUGAGGUCCUUUGCCUCCGCGGCAUUGACGUCUGCCUUCCAAAGGCCAGUACUCUUGUACUCCCCUAUUGUUUGAAAUCCAUGGAGGAUGUCGUCCGGUAGCGACGUGUCCGGAUGGCCCGUCAAUGCGAUGAGUUUUCUCAUUGCGAUGACGUUCCUUGUUUUGGUUGUCUGUAGCACCCUUUUUAGGUGCUCUGGCGCCGUAGCGUUUAUCAAGUCUGCAUUUGCUUGCUCCGUCUGCGUCUUCAGACGUCUGAACAAGGCGGUGGCUUGUUUUCUUCGUUUGGCUACCGCUGCCGGCUGUAGCUUCUCGGCAGCUAUCAGUUGUUCCCACUCGAGUGGUAGCUUUUGGCCGUAGGUCUCGAAGUGUAGUUGUGCUCGGACCCGAUUGACGAAGUUGCAGACCGCGUCAUGGAGCUCGCGGCGGUCGUUGCCGUGCUCCAUUUCUGCUUGGCUGACGUGUAGUGGCGUGGCAGUCGUCAUUUUUUGUGACUAGGCUUGGUUGGCCCCUGGGAGGAUUUUUUGUCGACUGUCGUCCAGGAACCUUCCAGAGAGCGUAUCUUUUCUCUCACCUAAGUUAACUCACCAGUUAGUAUAAUCACUUCCCCCGCAAGCUCCUCCAGUGCAUAUACAAACUGGAGACUUAACCCCCGGGGAUCCUAAAUCUACUGGUGAGUUAUACUUUUUAGUGCUGUGGCAGCACGGUAGGCUGGCUCGGCAGACCCAGGUCUUUGCCGGCGCCGGUCGUUGCACCUACGGCCCAUAAAUUUGCCACGGAGCGUGGCGGGAGGCCUUUACCUCCCCAGAGAGAGUUGCACACCAACGUCCGGGUGUCGUAACCCCUCUCGCGGCUCGGCCGGUGUUCGUGCACCGUCGCCCUACGAGUCAAUCAACCGGCACCCGCGAGGUUUCGGGUGCUCGCUCUUCGCGUCGGACGCUUUGGUCCGGGGCGCUUUGGCCCGGGUGCGCGGCUAAUCCCUCGGCAGUAGCAGGCGUUGUCCCCCCGCUGGGGGACAAGGUCACUUUGAACCUCCAGCCCGCGCUGUCGGCCUACUACCGGGGCUUGAGCUCCCGCUCAACCUCUGGUCUCGGUUUGACACGUGCCAGCGGUGAAUGGACCGCUCCGAGCCCUUAUCCUUUCCUCACCGGCACCUUCCUCCGGAGACCCCGACCAGGCUCCGGCUUCCUGGUGCGGACUUGAGUCGGCGGUCUGAGACUCGCGUCCGCCGUCGAGGGGUUACGGGGACGUGUGCCGGCCUUUGCACAGGUUUGCGUCAGGACCUCCCGCCGGCCAGCGCCCGCGUCGGUGGUGUGCCGGGGCGGCUGCCGCCCUCCACCGCGCUUGUCGCUCCCGUGGGAGGGACGAACUCCCGGAGCGACAGCGACAGCAGGGGCCGGCAGGCGUUCACAUAGUUCAGCCAGCCAUAGUCGGGCACCAGUGGACUGCUGAACCGUCUGCAGCCGUGGGAUGGUGUUGAUGAACAGUUUGUGCUUGCCGUGUCUGGUCAUGUAGUCCGCCAGGUUCCAUUCGGAUUUUAUGUAGACGUACCACGGUUUGACAUUGUUGUCGUACCAGUGAUUGACUACGUCUACUGCGGUGUUUGCCACCACCGCGGAUUUGCCACUACAUUUGAUGAAGUUGUAGAGUACUGGCGUGUUGUCGAUCAGCACUACGAGGUCGGAGUUGCUGGUCCAACUCGGUAGUUGCUUUGCGGCGAGGCCCACCGCGGCCGCCUCCAGUACCUCUAUCCUGGCGGUGGCCCAUCGGCCAUCCGUUAAUGGCUGCAUUUGGAUGAGGGUCUUCCCGCUGUGGUGGAUCAUGACGUAUCCUAGCGUUGGCUCGCCGUUCGGCCCGCCAUCUGUUGACGCGUCCGUGAACAGGAAGCUCAGAGGCUUCACGAUUUGUUCUAGCCUGAGUCUGAGCCUGUUCACCUUGUGGACCAUCUUCUCGAUGGCCGCAGUGGAGCGCAGGAGGGCUCUCCGUUGCCACCGCUGCUUCACCAACUUGUCGAAGGUGGCGUCUUCUGUCCAUGCGUAAAGAGAUCUCAUGAUCUCGUUUCCGGCUCUGUUUGCCGCGGACACGGUGAUGAAGUUUGCCAGUCCGAGCAGUCGCUGGACCACCUUUUUGUCCAACUGUCCUGUGUUCACUUUCUGCCGGAGCUCGUUUGCGACUUCCGCGACCUGCUGGAGCAUGUUGUCUGGCACCACAACAUCAAUUCCCGUUUUUGGGCUUGUGUCGUAGUGGAGGCCCAGUAUGCGCACAAUAGGGCUCUUUCUCGAGUCCUGCUGUGCUGUCGCUUUUGUCGCGAGCUCCAGCCCCAGGCAGUCGCAGAGAGCUUCGUAUGCCUCUAUUGCCUCAUCCGCUCCCUCUUCGAGGCUGAGGAUGAUGGCGUCGUCGAUGUAGAUUGGCACUACUGUGUGCCCGAGCGUGGCCAUUAUUUUCAUGACCAGCUCCGCCACUCUACACCAGCUGCUGACGCUGAACUUGUUCCCCAUGUUCAGUAUCGCCGCGAGGAACAUGCGGUAGCGCCCCUGGGUGUCGUCCCAGACUCCAACCGGGUUUUCCUCCGGGUGUUUUACCCCUACCUGGUAGUAGGCCUUGCUCCAGUCUCGGAGUGCGAUGCAAGGCUUUCUACCUGCCGGGCGGGUCUUCAUCCUCUCCUCGUUGAGGAGCCUCACCUGCUCGCCGAGUUGGCGGUGCUCGUCGGUGGUUGUGGCUUCGCUUGCGCUUGUUUUUGCGCGGAAGUCUGCGACCUCUUUAGCCACCUGGCCGCAGAUAUCCGUGGUGAACUGUGUCACCGGUGCGUGGAGGGUGAGGCCCUCUGCGCCUGCAGGCGCCAUGUAGCUUUUUACAAUCUCCAGGACCGUUCGCGUCCCGUGGAGCCUCACCUUUUCCGACAUUUUUGAGAAGUCGUUUUUCCACCGCUCGUCGAUUAUCACGCGAACCUUCUCUGGUUCGACCUUUGGGAAGGCGUACGCCGGCAUGACCUUGAGGUCCUCUGGAUUGAUCUCUUUGUAUCUGCCCAGCUGGACGUCUGCCUCAAUGUUUUUGAGGACUUGCCGAAGGGCUUCCUCUGGGAAACCCUUCGGAGGCGCAUCCCGGAUUUUUACCGCGGUGCUAUAGAAUUCUUUGAGGUCCUUUGCCUCCGCGGCAUUGACGUCUGCCUUCCAAAGGCCAGUACUCUUGUACUCCCCUAUUGUUUGAAAUCCAUGGAGGAUGUCGUCCGGUAGCGACGUGUCCGGAUGGCCCGUCAAUGCGAUGAGUUUUCUCAUUGCGAUGACGUUCCUUGUUUUGGUUGUCUGUAGCACCCUUUUUAGGUGCUCUGGCGCCGUAGCGUUUAUCAAGUCUGCAUUUGCUUGCUCCGUCUGCGUCUUAAGACGUCUGAACAAGGCGGUGGCUUGUUUUCUUCGUUUGGCUACCGCUGCCGGCUGUAGCUUCUCGGCAGCUAUCAGUUGUUCCCACUCGAGUGGUAGCUUUUGGCCGUAGGUCUCGAAGUGUAGUUGUGCUCGGACCCGAUUGACGAAGUUGCAGGCCGCGUCAUGGAGCUCGCGGCGGUCGUUGCCGUGCUCCAUUUCUGCUUGGCUGACGUGUAGUGGCGUGGCAGUCGUCAUUUUUUGUGACUAGGCUUGGUUGGCCCCUGGGAGGAUUUUUUGUCGACUGUCGUCCAGGAACCUUCCAGAGAGCGUAUCUUUUCUCUCACCUAAGUUAACUCACCAGUUAGUAUAAUCACUUCCCCCGCAAGCUCCUCCAGUGCAUAAAUAUCUUAUCUAUUAAUAUAUUAAGUAUUAGAAUUAGUAUGCUUCCAUUUCCAUCGGAGCGACGCUCACUGUUACCUACUAAAUCUUCAAGAAGAUAAGCGUAGCGCAGAGUCUACUUCAGCACGCGGCUCAGCAACAGCUAGCACUCCCCCGUCUGUACCGCCUGGCUGGCCCGCGGUCUCAACGGUGCAGAUCUGCAACGCGGUUCCCAUAUGCAUCAACCCACGUGUGGAGGUUCACGUUGUCAAAGUCUUGCCACUAACACGGCGAUUUCAACACAGAUAUGGUUUUCAUGACUACCUUCAACGUGUUUCUGCGAAAACGAAGACAGAGAGAGGAAAUGGUCACAAGGUCAAGGAAAAAUCGAACAAGAACAAGCCAACAAAACAAAUAAGAAAAGGCGAAACACUGGCGGGACCAUCUUCGGGGCAGGGGAAGCAUGUGCAUCUGGAUGACGAUUCUGGUGGCAAAAAAGCAAAGGAGGCUCCUGAGUCUAAGUUAAGGCUAUUCUUUAACCAAGAACAAAACGUUGAGAGAUUCAAAAAACGUAAAUGCUUCUCCGACUACAUGCUAAAGUAUGCUCAGUUGUCUCAGCUGCACUCGUCUUUUUCUUAAAGAGGUGACAGGAGCACUCAUCCAGGUCGCGAAGGAGUUUCCAUUUUUCAGCCGAGAUCUUGAUCUUCUUCCAAAAUCAAUGAAAAAUUCUAAUUCCAAACACAAAAAAACGAUCGUCGAAAAAAAAAGGUGGAGCAGCCGCUGCCGCGUCUACUUCUUCAUCAGUUUUUGCAACCCACGCAGGCUGUUUUAGUUGCUUCGCCCGUGAAGAAAACGGACUGCACGUGACUCACGGAGGACAGAAGUUUAUAACGCUGCUCAGUUCUGUCAAGCCUCUGGAUCUCAACGCGCGUUACGGGAAACCGAUAUCCAGUUUUGCUGACGAUCGGUUUAUCGACCUCCUUUUGAAGGAGGUAACAUGGAGGUACUAAUGAUAUUAGAAUCAAGUAAUUAUACUGAAGCAUAAGGAGCAACACCAACUAAGUACAAAGCGAAAGUUCUUCAGCUUGAGUAUCACGGCUCGUCGUUGGUUGUCGCUUGUUGCGUGCUUAUUGCUCGUCGUUGCGUGCUUCUUCCUGUCACGAAAUACUUGCUUCUCGUCGCUGCGUUCUCGCUUCUCGUCGCUGCGUGCUUGUUAUAUUUCGAUUUUUUUUUUCUCGCGAGGGCCCUUGUUGGAAGCUUGCCUUUGCGAUCAUGUGGCGCCAUCGCCACACGUAAGACCUGCAGCAUAAUGAGAGGUCAUCGUCGCGAGUACUUCAACUUCUAUUAACUUAUUUUUUGAAUAGCGUGGAUACGUUCCUUAUCCAAGAAUGUAUCGAUAUCACCAUAUCAGGUCAUUAAAGCCGAAGCCGAUUCGAAUUUCAUCACGACCUCCACCGCUUGGGUCAAAGUCAAACUCAAAAGAUGGCGUGAACUUGCGAUUCUUGCGCAGCGUUUUCGGACCAACAGUAUUGCGCGAGAUCCGUCUCAGAUUUAAGGAAUUUCUGACGGAAAGCACACUAGGACUAGACAUUAUCAGUCCUCCUCGAACAUCAACAACGUCUCCAUCUUCUCUGCGAAGUGCCAGACUCAGUGAAGAAGAAACAACAACAACUGGUGAAAAGCCUGAUUCUCAGGAGGAUGAUGAUGAACAUCAUAUGAAGAAUGAGAAGGAGAUGGAGAACGAGUUUCUUCAUAAAAGGACCGGGAAAUAUGAUAGAGGAGGAUUGGAACAAGAUACGGGUGACGCAAGUGUUCGAGCGAUUGAGCGGAGAAAAGCCAUCGUCGAUGUUUUGCUAAGUCAAGGAGGUCUUCUCAAGGCGCUCGAGCUCGUCGGCUUUCGUCUCGAUUCCAGAACUGAUCACGACCCUGGUGACCACUCCGAAGAAGAAGAUGGCGCUUCUAGGGACAGGGAGGCCGAAUCCAAUAGCAACCACUUUCUGACUCAGCCGUGGCCAGACACGGGGAAUGAUGCCUUCCUACCAAGUACAUCACAAUGAUGCACGAUGACAACCGCGAACAGACACAACGAGAGCGGAGACCAAGAACUCCUUUGCAUUUUAAUAUGUACCCUCAAUACUUAAAUAAUAGACUUUCUCACAGUUAUAAGAUGAAGAUCACGACGACGACCAGCUAAAAUCUCCAUAGAAGUAGACACUUAGUUUCACUUAGAGUUAUCACGUUACUACUCAAACGACGACUUUCAUGGUGUUGGCGACUCCUUUUAUUCAUCAUAUUUGACGACUUUUUAGUUUUACUUACGAAUAUCUUUCUGCUCUUGCAUCGAUUUUUUCCGUACGCAUAGCAAGUUAGUUGUAGGUGUUUCCAAUUCCACUAUGCUAGUAAUUAUAAUCACAACAAGACAGCACAACGACACUUCAUUUAUUACAUCCAACCACUGAUCUCAUCUACAUCAAAGCACACGGACACGCGCCAUGGAUUUGCUCAGAACCUUUUAAAAUCUCUGGAU